AUGAAUGACCCUUCGUUAAUGGGCUAUCCAAACCAGGCUCAACAACAACAACAACAGCAGCAGCAACCUGGGGCCCUUUUAUCAAAUGGCACAACAAACAAUUUAUCAAAUGGAUCCAUUAAUCCUUUACAUCAACAAAUACAUAUGAAUAAUCCAAUGCCACCACCUGGUAUAAUGAAUCCAAACGAUAUGAAUCAUAUUUCAUCAAACUUCCCUCAAAUGUUAGAACAAUUAAACAACGGAAUGAAUAUGAAUACCAAUAAUAGCAACAAUAAUACGAAUGCUCUUACACUAAAUCUACACGAUAAUAGUAGUAAUAACAACAACGCAAACAACCUAGCAAAUGCAAUUGGCAUGAAUAGUAUGGCAAAUAACACAAGUCCUGCGUUGAAUUCUAUAAACCUUAACUCUUUAAACAAUGCCCCAGGUGGAUCAACUUUAAAUACCACAAAUGCAACAACUACUGCCAUAAAAGCGAACGCGAACAAUCCUUUAUUCCAUCCUCAUCUAGAAGAUCCGGCUCUUUUGAAUAAUCCAAUUUGGAAACUUCAACUACAACUGGCAGCAGUUUCUUUACAAUCUUUAGGUCAACCUAACGUAUAUGCAAGACAAAAUGCAAUGAAGAAAUAUCUAGCAAGUCAAAACCCGACACAUCAACAACAUCAAGUACAACAACAACAACAACAACAGGGGAAACAACAACAAGGUCUAGGUUCUCAACCUUCAUCUCAACCGCAAUCUCAACUUCCACCAUCAUCAUCUCAACAACAACAAAUCCCUGAAGCAUCCAUGUCAUUAGUAGAUCGUACUAAACAAUUAUUAAUGGAUAUCGCAUUAGAAACCUCCAAAGAAAAAUCUACAAAUAAUAAAGGUGCUCCAAUACCACCACAUAGUGCCAAAGGUGGGCCUCCUAAUUCUGCUGCAAGUAAUAAUAUAACUGAUUCCAUCGUAUCAAGUGCAACUAAUACACCAACUGCAACGUCCAACAAUAGUACACUCUCUACACCAACUACACCACAUAUUGAACUAAAUAAUUUAAGAGAUGGAGGAGGAGGUGUAGCUGGUAUCAACGUGACACCAACUUCAACCUCAGCAUUACUACAACAUAAGAAAUUGUCUCAAUAUAAUAUUGAUGAAGAUGAUGAAAUUGAAAACAGAAUGGUUGCUCCAAAGGAUACUAAAUAUAAUGAUCAAUUAUGGCAUGCCAUUGAUUUCUCCAAUUUACAAAUCUUCAACAUUAACCAAAACCUUUUCAAAUAUAAUUUCUUAACAAGAUUAUAUCUAAAUGGGAAUGGCCUAACAACAUUACCUGAAGAAAUUAAGAAUUUAACAAAUUUAUGUGUUCUUGAUUUAUCAAAUAAUAGAUUGACUGAAUUACCCGUCGGAUUAGGUUCAUGUUUCAGAUUGAAAUAUUUAUAUUUCUUCAAUAAUUUAAUCACCAACCUACCAUGGGAAUUAGGUAACCUUUACAACUUACAAUUUCUAGGUUGCGAAGGUAAUCCAUUAGACAAACAAUUAUUGAAAAUUCUAACUGAAAAAUCAUUCACAGGUUUAAUUUUCUACUUAAGAGACAAUAGACCCGAAAUUCCCUUGACGCACGAUCGAGAAUUUAUCGAAAUUAACGCAGACGGUGAACCAACAAGGAAAUAUGAUUCAUUACAAUUAGCUUCUGCAAAUAUUAAUCCUGAUUUAGAGAAAAAAUCAUUCACAAUCUUAUCUUAUAAUACCUUAUGUCAACAUUAUGCAACUCCAAAAAUGUACCGUUAUACUCCAUCAUGGGCAUUGAGUUGGGAUUACAGACGUGAAAAAUUGAAAGAACAAAUCUUGUCAUAUCAAUCUGAUAUCCUAUGUUUACAAGAAGUGGAAUCCAAGACAUUUGAAGAAUUUUGGGGUCCUCUAUUGGAAAAAUAUGAUUAUCAAGGUGUUUUCCACAUCAAGACCAGAGCCAAGACUAUGCAAACGAAAGAAUCUAAAAAAGUUGACGGAUGUUGUAUCUUCUUUAAGAAAAGUAAAUUUAAAUUAUUAGCUAAAGAAGCAAUGGAUUUCAGUGGUACUUGGAUGAAACAUAAAAAAUUCCAAAGAACAGAAGAUUAUUUGAAUCGUGCAAUGAACAAAGAUAAUGUCGCUCUGUAUAUGAAAUUACAAUCAAUAACCUCCGGGGAAACCGUUUGGGUUGUUACUACACAUUUACAUUGGGAUCCUAAAUUUAAUGACGUUAAGACUUUCCAAGUUGGUAUCUUAUUAGAUCAUAUGGAAACUUUAUUAAAGGAGGAAAAUCCAAAGCAAGAUGUUAAAAAGGCCAACGUAGUUAUAUGUGGUGAUUUGAAUUCUUAUUUAGAUUCUGCAGUAUAUGAAUUAUUCACUACAGGUCGUGUAGUUAAUCAUCAAGAUAAUAAGGGAAGAGAUUUCGGUUAUAUGACUCAAAAGCAUUUCGCUCAUAAUUUAUCAUUGAAAUCAAGUUAUAAUUGUAUUGGAGAAUUACCAUUCACAAAUUUCACGCCUUCUUUCACCGAUGUCAUUGAUUAUAUAUGGUUUUCUACACAAUCUCUUCGUGUUAGAGGUCUCCUAGGUGAAGUGGAUCCAGAUUACGCUGCCAAAUUUGUUGGGUUCCCUAAUGAUAAAUUCCCUAGUGAUCAUAUUCCAUUGCUAGCAAGAUUCGAAUUUGUUAAAAGUUCUAGUGGUAGCAGGAAAAUAUAG